GCAUUCUGACAGCAGAUUACUAAAGGCACAACAAGCCACUGCUGGCAGCUGUUUGCUAAGGGACGGCAGCACCUCCACCUGAACAGCUCCAGGUUGGCUCAGUGGUCGUGGGACUCUUUGGCAAGAACCUGUACAAGCACAGCAAAUAUGGGAAAUAAUUUGACUGUUCAAGAAGAAGCUGAAGACCAAGAUAAUGUGUGUACAACAGAGAAUUAUCAGGUUGUGUCUGAACCUCCUACUGGUGCUAAAAAUGGACCUGUCACAAUUCAGGUUGUACAGACUGAUUCUUCUGAAAACGAUAAAGUGGAUGCAAGGACAAGUGUUGAACAGAAUAAUGUGGCCGUUUCUUCCCAGAAGACAACAGAGAUAAGCUCCAUUUCUGAUGCAAAUGGAAAAAAUCUUGGGACUGAGGCCAAGAAACCCAUGCCAGCUGCAAAAUCUCGUUUUGUCUUUUCUUUUUCACGGCCUGUACCAGGACGUACUGAAGAGCAAGCUACAGACUCAUCAGUUGGAUCAGCUAAGCUUGAUGUCAGUUCAGAGAUGCCUGAAGUGAACAAAGCAUCAAGUGAGAAAGUAGAUAGUUCUGCAACAGCUGUGCUGGAGGAAGGGUCCGAUAAAAACCUAAGCCAGGCUCCUUCUGCAGCAGAACUUAGUGACACUGAACUAAUAGCAUUAGCAUCACCUGAGACAGAGGACGCAGCCGCAUCAAAGACAAAACAAGUAACUUUCUUUGACAGACUCUUCAAACUGGAAAAGGGGAAGGAGAAAGAAAAGAGUAAGACACAAGUUGAAACCCAAGAGGAAAGCCAGAUUGCGGACUUUCCUGACGCAGGCAUCACAGCGGAAGAGGCUGCUGGAUUACAGAGCACACCAAACAAUGUCCCACAGGGGAAGGACAUAGAUGAUUGCAACCAAAAAGCCGUGCAGCAAGGCUCAGCAGGUGUCAAUACUGACGAGGCGGCAGUAAAACAAGAGAACCCCAAGGCAUUUGCCACAACAGACAACAAUAAUUCUGUCAUGAGUUUCUUUAAAACGCUGGUUUCACCAAGCAAAUCAGAAGCCAAAAGUGACUCUGAGGACAAGGAAUCCAAAGUGGAAAAGGGCCAUGGUGGGCAUCCUGCUCAGAAGACAGCAGCAGAAUCCCAAGCUAAAGGAGCCAAGAAAAAGAAGUCAGAGAGUCCCAGAUUAGGACACAAAACAUUUAGCAAACUCUUUAGGCAUAAGUCCACAAAAGAGGCCCAGCAGACAACUAAUGCCCAAGGUGCUGAACAACAGCCUGUCACCUCUGUCAAUGUAAAAUCUGAAAAAAAUACCCCUCCCUCUCAAGAAUCACAGACCACAAAGCAGAAUGCAAAAGCCUCUGAACCUGCAACUCAGCAGCAGGCAACAGCAGCAACUACCGAAGCCCCCAAAGAUAUGACUAAGGAGAGAUCUGCACCUCCUUCCACACCAUUGAGCAAACUCUUCUGGAAAAAGACUGCACCAGAAGACACAGAGGUUGUAAUCAAUGCGAAAGUGGAGGCAUCUUUAGAAGCAGUGGCUCCUGACAAAGAUGAGACUAAAACCCCAGAAACUGCAGAAGUAAAACUUAGAAGAGAAGAAAAUAAAAACCCCAAAACAAACCUGAGGAAGUUUUUUAAACUGUCAGUCAAAAAUGAUGGAGGGGCUACCAGCUCAGAAGAGGUAAAUGGGCCAGACCCCAGUCACCAAACAUCAGGCUCCACAGAGAGGCCAGUCGCCCCAACGGAAAGUGAACCUGUGGGCCAGAAGAGCAAGGAGAGUUCAAAAGACAAAACGUCUACAACAGAGCUGAGCAAACAGGAAACCCAAGAUCAGCAAGACUCCAGAGAACAGCAAACCACAGCCACCGACUCAAUCCAGAAUGGAGGGGACACUGCAAAGGACUCCCCCCUCAAGAAAAUGGAGAAGAGACAGUCAUUUGGAGGCUUUUUUAAGGGCUUAGGGCCGAAACGGAUGUCUGAUGCUGAAGUGCAAACAGAUCCAGUGUCUAUUUUACCUGCUGGAAAAUCCAAGUAAUGAAUAUGCUUGGCUGCUGAAGAAUCAGCCACUCUCUAUGAGCUCCCUUGCAGUAAAGAUGUCUCAUUAUUUUCCUUUAUAUGGCCGUCAUCAAAAGAGGGCCAUGCUGAAGGCUAAAGGCAAUGUUUGUGUACAUUUGAGGUGUAUCAUUUACAGAAUUUGUUCAUUAGAUGUUAGUAAGUAACUGUAAAGGUCAUUGAGAAACAAUCUGUAAUAUUAUAAUUAAAGGGAGGUCAUGUGAAUGAUUUUUAAGUCUAUGUGGGUGAGAGGAAGUAUAGGUGAGGUCAGCAAGUGGCAGUGAAAAAGAUGAAUAGCAGAGAAAGUGCAUGUGAUGAAAGGAAUGCAAUUUUUGUGGCAAAGCAGUGAACAAAGAAUUCUCAGCUACAGAGCUUUAAAGCAGUCAUGAAAAAAAAUCAUAUUUUGAUAAAAUUUAUAUUUAAAAGUAAAUACCAACCAACCAACCCUUAUGUAGUUUGUCAUUAUGCUGUAAUUAGCAAGGUCUGGCAUAUAAUAGAAUCAGUGGUUUAAGAUUAUGCUUCAGAUUGGCCUGCAUAUUAUUAAUGUAAAUUAAAAGGCUAAAAUGCAAAGGCUUGAAAUGAUUUAAAGCACAGUUUCUUCCUUGACUUGGUGAGGUAGAAUAACAAAUACAAAUACUUAAACUAUUCAUAAGCACAAGGGGGCGCUAGUAUCUCCACUAUACUAAUUCAGAGGAUGUAUCUACAAUCUUAUGUUGUUAAUGUUUUUCAGAUUUAGAAAAAAUAAAAACCUUAGUUGUUUUGUCAGUUACUCAUCUCCAUUCAUAUCUGUAAUUAAUCCUAAUAAAAAGCAACCCUAAGACUGACCAGAAUUCUCCCUGCUUUACUAAACUCUUGUAAUAAUCAGGGUUAAUAAAUUUUACAAAUGA